CCUGCGCUGAGCGCUGACAGCGGACUGACCGGAGACCGACCGUUGCUGCUGCUGCUGCCGCUGUUGUUGUUGCCGCUUCCACUCCACGUUGCGAGCUGCCGUCCGGAUACGAAGUGACACCGGAACCGGACUCGGACUUAAUUUCUGUGACGGGACACAAACACACAACAACAACAACCGCAAAGAGUUGUCGGAGGCUUGUGGACACGCUGACCGCUCGGCUCUCUUCCUCCCUCCCCCCCCCGGUGGUGAACGGACGGUGGGUGAAGCGAGAGUGUGACCGAGAGGCCGACCGCCGAGAGACAUCUGACUGCAUGAAGAGGCCGAGUGACGGGACCCUGGUCCUCACCUAGACCUCUCCCACAACCCCCCCCCACUGCCCGGACAUGAGGUCGUUCCGAUCGUUUGCAAAUGACGACCGCCAUGUCAUGGCCAAGCAUGCCGGCGUCUAUCCGGCCCCAGAGGAGCUGGAGGCCGUGCAGUCGCUGGUGUCCACCGUGGAGGGAGCCCUCAAGAAGGUCUCUGAUUGGAUGGACGGCCUCAACAAAUCAUCAGGGAAGACCUCCACCAGUAACGAGGCAGGGGACACGGUGGAGGAAGACGCUGCUGAGACAAAGCCUGAUGGUACGUCAGUGCUGUGCGGGGUGACGCGCGUCAGCCUGGUGGCCAAGGGCCUGCUGAUCAAAGGGGACAUGGACCUGGAACUGGUGCUGAUGUGCAGAGAGAAACCCACCAAACUGCUGCUGUACACCAUCAGCGCCAACCUGCCCCUGCAGAUCCAGACAAUGACGGAGGACAAAUACGAGGUGCGGUCGUGUGUGCCGGAGGCAGCUAUCCGGGUCUGCAGCACCAAAAACCCUCAACUCACGCUGAAGAUCACCCUGUCCUCCUUAGCCAUGAGGGAGGAGCACAGCACCACAGAAGAAGAGGAGGGUCAUCAGGACAAGGACAAGGAGACGCAGGAGGAGGAAGAGACGCAGGAGGACAAGGAGACGCAGGAGGACGAGGAGACGCAGGAGGACAAGGAGACGCAGGAGGAGGAAGAGGAGGAGGAUGAUGUCCUGGACAGGCAUAAGUGCCAGGCUGCGCUGGCGUCGCUCCGACACGCCAAAUGGUUCCAGGCCAGAGUCACAGAUCUCAAGUCCUGCGUCAUCAUCUUGAGGGUCCUCAGAGACAUGUGCAACAGACUGCCUGUGUGGCAGCCUCUCAAAGGAUGGCCUCUGGAGCUGAUCUGUGAAAAGGCCAUAGCCACCUGUAACCGGCCGCUGGGUCCAGGUGAGGCCCUGCGCCGCGUCAUGGAGUGCAUCGCCUCAGGGAUUCUCCUGCCAGGAGGUCCAGGAGUUCACGACCCCUGUGAGAGGGAACCUACAGACGUCCUGUCUGAGCUCAGCGCCCAGCAGGCCGACGCCAUCACACACAGCGCACAGCAUGCGUUACGCCUCCUAGCCUUUGGACAGCUUUACAAGGUCUUGAAUAUGGGUCCUCUCCCUGCCAGCAAACCCUCACCGAGGCUGUUAGAAGGCGGCUGUCAGAAGAGGCUUCGGGAGGACGCCGGAUCAGAUGACAGAGACUUCAUCAAAAGGAUGAAAGUCCUCGACUGGAGGAUGACGGAUCCUAACCACCCCAUGAACGCUCUGAUGCGUCUGAACCAGAUCCACCCGGGUCUUCAGUACCGCCUGCUGUCCCAGUCCGGCCCGGUCCACGCUCCGGUCUUCACCAUGUCCGUGGAGAUCCAGGGAACCACGUACCAGGCCACCGGGAACUCCAAGAGGACCGCCAAGCUCCAAGUAGCCCUCAAGGCGCUGCAGGCUCUGGGCUACGUGCUCAGCAGCGACGGAGACGUGGACUCUCUGAGCGCUGACGAGAAGUCAGAUGGCGAAGGCAAGAACGACAGGAUGUCGACCAGCUCCAGCUCCACCUCCAUCACCUCCUCCACAGACGCACAGGAGUCCAGAGCUCCAGGUCCGAUCCUGACGGCGGGAGGUAAAAACCCGGUGAUGGAGCUGAACGAGAAACGCCGCGGCCUCAAAUACGAGCUGAUAUCAGAGAGCGGCAACAGCUACGACAAACGCUUUAUCAUAGAGGUGGAGGUGGACAAGCAGGUUUUCCGGGGGACGGGUCCCAAUAAGAAAGUGGCCAAAGCCAGCGCCGCGCUGGCUGCCCUGAACAGCCUGUUCUCCGGCUCCAAGUCAACGACCAACAAGAAGAAACGGCCCAACCCUCCACCAAAGCGACCUGUGGCCUCAGUGCUGACCCUCCCGGCCCUCGCUGCCAGACCUCCACGCGUCCCCGUCAUCCCCCGAGCUCCCUACAUCAGCACCCCAGCCACACAUGGAUACAUCCCCCCAGGUUUUGGUGCUCCUUAUGGCUACAGCCCUGCAGGCGCCCUCCCAGCCUACGGUUUUCCCUCCAGAAUGCCCUCAGUAGUUGUCCCAGUCAUCAGAGUCCCCACAGCAUACCCCGUCACCAACCUCUACCCCUAUUAGGACUGUCCCUCACCCACCUCACAGGAAGUCACUUGUUAAAGGAAUAUCCUGACUUUGACUGUGUGUUCACACUCCAACACUGACAUUUUUUGGAAGCUUUUCAUCAGUACCAUUGUUGUGAACUAUGUUCCCUCUGGGCUGCAGCAGCUAGAUUAAAUUGGCCAUUACAAAGCUGUGCAGCAGCGUUAUUAAUUUACUUUGACAAAUAAGCUCUUUGAUCAUCAAACCGUUAUGCAAAGAAAAACUGAGUUCAGCAUUCAGUGAGCUGCACUGUGUGAAAGACGGGUCAGGUAAAUAUUACACAGUAGGGAUCUGAACAUCUCCUCGAGGUGAUGGAAAUCUACUAUAGGGAACUAAUUAAACACCUACAAUACAAGACCCUCCAAACUUUAACUCCACUGUACCUGAAACACCAACCACACGGCAACUUCAAAUAUCUAUGAGCAAAUAAACAAACUCUGUUGGGAACUAGAAAAAAACAACUACAUCAUAUCCAUUGUAGGGAACUAAAUAAAUAUCUUGUGUCAGGAGCUAAACAUGUUCGGUACAAAGUACAAAUCCACUGUAAGUAACUGACAAUACUUUGUUUGGAACUAAAGAAACACCUGCCAUAUCCAGACUACUAAAAUACAAUCCAAGUAAUUAUAAAAUGUAAGAAGUUAAAUAUGUUUUAUGUACAGAAUCUCAAACAUUAAAAUAUUCACUGCAAAAGCUAAUCAUCCUCAGUGGGAUCUAAGUAAAGAUUCAUAGCAGGGAACUUAAAAAAACAAACUACCAUACACUAUCAAAAUAUAGAAAGUAGGGAACUUAACAUCUUCUGUAGGGAACUAAAGAAACAUGUACUUUGGAAAUAUCUACCAUACAACUCAACACACUGGAUAGAUAGAUAGAUAGAUAGAUAGUGAGCCUAGGGAACUUAAUAAACAGUUACUAAAUAUGAGAUGCAGGAAAUUGAAAUAAUAUCCACUAUAAGGAACCAAACAUCCUCUUGUGGAAUUAGAGCCAACUAAAUAUGCCCUGCAGGAAACUCACAUAACCAUUGUAGGGAACUAAAGAAACAACUAACCAUCUACAAACAAUAUAUACAAUGUAGGAACUAAAGAAAUGUGUAACAUUCACAAUACUAAAUACACAAAGUAGUAAAUUAGGGAACUAAAGAAACAAACUAACCAUAUGCCAACAGCAUAUACAAUGCAGGAAACUAACGCAAACCCACCAUAGCAAAAUAAAACCCGUCACUACAGGGAACUAAACUGAUCAGAGAGCUUCUUUGACAAAAUCUUACUUAUUCCUUUAACAAUCACUCAUGGAUGUGAACGUUGUUUUGUAUCUUAAUUUUUCUUUGUUUUCUAAUGAUGUUUUCAGAUAAAGUAAAAAAAACAGGUUUACAAUAAUCGGUUGCACUGAGACCUUUUCCUUUUGUUUGGAUAUUGAAUGUCCAGGUUUACAGUCACUGUUGAGUAUGAGCCAUUUUGUGUUGAGUUAAAUAACUUUCUUUUCAGAGAGAUUUUAUUUUGACCUGUUUGUAGGUAAUAUUCUUUUUAAAUAAAUGAAUAUUUUUGUCAACAGCUGA